AUGAAGACCGACGACCUCAAGGCCCUGCCGCCCAAGCUCGCAGGCGACUUCCGCUCCAUCGAGCCGUCCCUGGCCGCGCUCGACAAGCACCUGACCCUGCGCUCGUACCUCGACGGCUACACCCUGAGCGAUGUCGACAGCAAGAUCUGGGUCGCCCUGGCGGAGAACCGCGCGGCCGUGUCGUUUGUGCGCCGCGGCACGCUCGUCAACCUCAAGCGCUGGUUCCUCUUUGUCGAGGACCGCCACCCGGAGAUCCAGGACAGCGUCAAGGCGGCCAGCGCGGCCCUCAAGGCCAAAGUGGCGGCGGCCAGCCGCGCCGGCGGCAGCUACAACAUGUCGCUCAAGGACGCCGACAAGGGCGUGGUGACGCGCUUCCUGCCGGAGCCGAGCGGCUACCUGCACAUUGGCCACGCCAAGGCCGCGCUGCUGAGCGACUACUUUGCGCGCCAGUACAAGGGCACGCUCAAGCUGCGCCUCGACGACACCAACCCAUCCAAGGAGAAGGAGGAGUUCCAGGACGCCAUCAUCGAGGACCUUCGCCUCAUGGGCAUCCGGCCCGACACCCUGUCGUACACGUCCGACUACUUCGACUACCUGUACGCCAUGGCCCUGCGCCUCAUCCAGGAGGGCCACGCGUACGCCGACGACACCGACCAGGACACCAUGCGCGACCAGCGCAUGAACGGCGUCGCCUCGCAGCACCGCGACCGCCCCGUCGCGGAGACGCUGCAGAUCUUCACCGAGGAGAUGAAGAACGCCACGGCCGUGGGCGCCAAGCACUGCAUCCGCGCCAAGAUCUCCGUCGACGACAACAACAAGACCCUGCGCGACCCUGUCAUCUACCGCGUCAACGUCGAGACCGCCCACCACCGCACCGGCACCACCUGGAAGAUGUACCCGACGUACGACUUUGCCUGCCCCGUCAUCGACAGCCACGAGGGCAUCACGCACGCCAUGCGCUCCACCGAGUACACCGACCGCAACGCCCAGUACCAGUGGUUCCUCACCACCCUGCAGCUGCGCCAGGUCCACAUGUUUGACUUUGCCCGCAUGAACUUUAUCCGCACGUUCCUGUCCAAGCGCAAGCUGGCCAAGCUCGUCGACACCGGCCGCGUCUGGGGCUGGGACGACCCGCGCAUGCCCACCAUCCGCGGCGUGCGCCGCCGCGGCAUGACCAUCCCCGCCCUGCGCGACUUUAUCCUCAAGCAGGGCCCCAGCCGCUCCGUCACCACCAUGGAGUGGGGCGUCUUCUGGGCCGCCAACAAGAAGGAGAUUGACCCCGUCGCGCCCCGCCACACCGUCGUGUCCGCCAAGGACGCCGUCAAGGUCACCGUCACCGGCGCCGACGCGCCCGCGGCGCCCCAGUCGGUCGAGAAGCCGCUGCAUCCCAAGAACAAGGACGUCGGCACCAAGCAGGUCGUCUUCUCGUCCGAGAUUUUGCUCGACCAGGCCGACGUCAAGCUCAUGAAGGUCGGCGAGGAGAUCACCCUCAUGUCCUGGGGCAACGCCAUUGUCAAGGACAUCCAGGCCGGCGCGGAUGGUGUCGUGACCGCCGCGACCGUCGAGCUGCACCUCGCCGGCGACGUCAAGAAGACGGAGAAGAAGGUGACCUGGCUGUCGACCGCCGGCCAGACGCUCCUCAAGGGCGAGGCGUGGGACUUUGAUUACCUGCUGACCAAGAACACGCUGACCGAGGACGACGUGCUCGAGGACUGCCUGAACCCCGUGACCGCCACUGAGGAGGAUGUGCUGGGCGGCGCCAACAUGAAGGACCUCAAGAAGGACGACAUCAUCCAGCUCGAGCGCCGCGGCUUCUACCGGGUAGACAAGGGCCUGGGCGACUGGGCCGAGGGCCAGGCCGGCGAGAAGGGCGCGCGGAUCGUCAUGUUCCUGAUUCCCAGCGGCAAGUCGACGUAG